AUGGCGGCUGUCAUUCAGAAUCCUCUAAACGCGUUGGGUGACCAGUUCUACAGAGAGGCCAUUGAGCACUGUCGCAGCUACAACGCCCGGCUGUGUGCCGAGCGCAGUGUCCGCCUGCCUUUCCUUGAUUCACAGACUGGUGUCGCCCAGAACAACUGCUAUAUCUGGAUGGAGCGCCAUCACCGCGGCCCAGGUGUUGCAGCUGGACAGAUGUACACAUACCCAGCCCGAUGCUGGAGAAAGAAAAGAAGGUUGCACACUUCCAUGGAUCCAAGUCUUCACCUGUAUGGUCUACAUAUAGAUGGAGGCCUAUCAGCUAGAGAGGCUUUACCUACCCCAAGUACUACACUGGAGGCUUUGCUGAGAGGGGAUACCCUGGACAAAAGGACCAACUCCAGAGAUGAGGAGAGCCUACUGGAGAUUCAGAGGGUUUUGGAGGCUGAUGCCAAUGAAGAUGGUUACCAUGAUGAUGAAGACUUUGAAGUGGACAUACCAAAAAGGAAACAUCGGGGCAAAGGCAGAGGUCGGGGCUCAGGACGUCGGAGGUCAGAUCUCGAUGACCAGGAUAAGCCAUACAUCUAUGAAAACAGAUAUAAACAAAAGCAUAACUCAAAAACUGUAGCAUCGGUAUGUGGGAAGCGCUACAGGAAUCGCACUGGCUUAAGCUACCACUAUGGUCACAGCCACAUAGCUGAAAAGGAGGGCUCACAGCCCAGGGACUCAGAGCCCUCGCAGUCUCCAGCCAUCAACCACCGCCCUCACAGUCGCAGACAACAAAAGAGCCCAGAUGCACGUCAUGCACACAGUAGCUUCUGCAGUGUCUGUCGGGUAAACUCAGGCUCCAGAUUGAAAGAAGGCAUGUGCUCCAAGUGUGUCCGUGCAGGUGGGCGGGACGGGGAAAAAGAUGAAAAGACAUUUGCUGGGGCUGAGGAGCUGUUUGGCACCACGUCGGAGAGCGAUACUUCCACAUUUCAUGGUUUUGAGGAGGACGAGUUGGAUGAGCCCUUAUCCAACAGCAGUGAAACCUCCACAAAGUGCAGAUAGGAAAAAAAACUAACUUGCAGGCCUUUUCAAAUUGUUAGCUAACAAACAGUGCAUCCCCCUGCAAAAAAAGAAAAAAAAUCUGCUGCUUCUUUUUAAAACCUUUUUUUUGUUUGUUUUUUUGUUGGGUUUUUUUUGCUUGUUUUUCCUUUCUAUGUGUAAUGGAAAGCAAAGCACAAGUCAUAAUAUCAGAAGAAGAUAUAUGAAAGUGUUAUCUUUCUUGGACAACAUACACCAAUAAGUUAUGAAUUUCUUUUUAUUAGUAGUACUAGUAUUAUUAUUGUUGUUGUUGUUAUUAUUAUAAUUAAUUUUAUUUAUACAUUGACAGCAAAUAAGAACAGGCUUUUUUCCCUUGAGGGGAAAUAAUACUAUAUUAUGAACACAGGAAUGGAGGGAUAUGAAUUUCAGAUUUACUUCUGGAAUAACUUCCAGGGAAAUGAACUCCAGUUAAAUCUAAGAUAAAAAUAUUAAAGGACUGCUUACUCACAGCUAUGUGUAAAAAUUAAUAAAGGAGUCAACUUCCAAAAAAAAAAAGAAAGAAAGAAAAAAAAGAAGAAUUUUUUUUUUUUUUAUGGUAGCAUUUUGUCACUGGAAUUGCCAAGGAAUGCAAGCGAUAACUCUUGAAUAAGUCCACUAAAGUACUUUCUCAUGUGGAUUGUGAGUACGCCAAAAUGGACUUGGGACAGCUUUUAAGGAGAGGAGUAGCAGAUGUACCAUCUCUUGUCGUGCUCUGCUGAGAUGACAAUAUGGUCUAGAUUGACUGCAGAAAAUGAUGAAGCAACAGAGAUUGAGCUGUGAUAAAGGAGGCAGGAGAUCUGUGCUGCUACUGGAACCUAGACAAUGAUUCUAGAAUCAGAACCCAUUUCUCCAGCCUUCUGAAUGUCAGACCCAGUAAUUCUAAGGAACCCUCCAUUCAGCCAGACAACCACCAGACUUCGUCUCAGACUCUUGGAGACAAAUUGACUUUCUUUUUUUUUUUUUUUUUUUUUUUUUACCCCUUUCUUGGACUGCUGCUGCUUCUGUACUGUUGGUCUUUAUUUUGAAACUGAGACUGUGAUUAGGUGAUCAGAGCCAUAUGUAAUUCUUCUUCCCAACCAUAUCCUGGAGAACUUAAUGUGUCUCAUGCAAGAAAAACCUGUCAUAGCUUUACAGUAUCAGCUACUGUUGGUAGGCUUGAAACAUCACUUCAAGGGUGAAUAAAAACUGUUGUGUUCUCUAAAGACACUAUCCAAUGUUGGUGAAAUUUAAACCUACAGUUCUGCCCAUAUCCAUGUAAUGCUGUGUUCACACAUUUGAGGAAAACCAUGAGUGAAUAUGCAGUCAUCCAGCUAUUUUAAGUGAAAGUCAAAUCAUUUCGACCAGAAAGACAGGUCUUCCACAUUGCUCUAAAUUUCACUGCGUUCACAUGGUUUUGCCCAAACUCUCUGUUCUCAUCAGCUAAGUGAAGUGGUUUUACAGCAUUGAACCACUCUACAGCUUUCUUCUGGCUGAUCUCACUCCCAUCUGGUGCACCAUGCUAAGCAAAAUUUUUUCAAAAUUUGUCAUCAGUGGGAAUUAACUCUUUGAAGAAAUCCAAUGACAGAAGUAUUUUCCACAAAUGUGUGAACAGAAGAUGCAAAGAGGUAUACAUUUUUUAACUUCCAAUGGCCCUACAGCACUAAAUUUAUAUUGUACUCUAAAAAUCUGAAUUGACACAAUGAAUGGCAUUGAAAUCACUGUGUUUAAACCCAGUGUCUCAGGGGAAGCUGAUCCUGACAGCCAUAUCUAAAAACACACGACUCUACAAUCUUCCAAAUAUUAAUAGCAUAGAUUCAUUGCCAUUGGAAGUUUUGAUACCUGCAUUAUGAAAACUUGCUUUUAUUUCUACUGAUUACAUUUUAAAUUUCUUGACUCUUCUAAUAUUCUCCUUUCCUCUUCUGGCAUUCUCCUGUAUUUGGACCUCAGUAUCAACUCAGGCAUUUUCUUUAUGAAAGAAGCAGAACUGUGUUUCUCCCAUACGGGUGAUUGCUUCAGGCCCAUUCAGAGUAAGGUGUUGGGACAAAGCCUAAAGUAAAGCUAAUCACAUGCUUUAAAAAUCUGAGGUCAACGCAAGGAGCAGGUUGGAGAAGAGGCAGUUCUCUUAAAAAGCAUGCCCAUCUGCAUCUCAUGAAUCAUUAGCUAAAGGUCACAUUUAUUGUUAAAAAUAUAUUUACUGGUGACAAAACAUUGCCUUAUUUUUGAAUACAGAUACCCCUGUCAUUUUUAGUUAAAAUAUGAUUGUGAUACACUUUAUGGAUUUUAACAGAGAUGUGUAUUAGAAAGUCUAGAAAUCCGACAGUAUGAGUGGAUCACGCUGGUUUUAAGUAAUUUUUAGGACGAUUCACAGCCCUCAUACCAGUGCACGCCUAGGCUUUGUUGAUCUCUAUAACACCUGAAGCUUUCUUUGCAGCACAAUGUACUGGUUACCUGUCUGUGCCAUCCAGCAGUGUCUUUGAACACUGUGGAGGGAUACACAAUGAAAUGUUUGGUCAGAGAUCUCAGGGUGCAGGUUUUCCCAAUUUAGAAUUUGAAAAAUUAGACAUAAAUAGCAAAGAUGAGCCUACAGCUCACCCUAGGGGUCCUAGGUGCACUUCUUUUUUUUUUUUUUUUUUUUUUUUAUCACAACCAGCAUUGUUGUUAAAGGCAGAAUUUUGCUUUAAGUGUGUAACCUCAGAGCAUGAUUCCAGGAAUGGUGAUGAAGGAGAGGGGUAUCUAAACCAGAAGGCUGUAAGUGCCAUUUACCAUUUAUUCUGCACUCUUCUAAAAUGUGAACCAUGCUCCCGCUCUGUGGUUCAAAAGAUUACAGGAAUAUAAGUCUUUUGUAUACUUCAGAAUGGGUGAUGGAGGGAUAAGGCUGUGAUAAACAUAUUAUUAUUGAUAUUUUUUUUAAGAGGCUUAACAUUUAUUCUUAUUUAUGCAAGGUUUUGGCUUCCUGUACAUGUAGUAGCCUACAAUGGCCGGUAAUAACCUACAAUGUUGAUGUGUUUUUACACAAUGUUUGCAAGUAUUUAUAUGAAGAUUACCAGUUGAUAUGGGUACGCAGUGAUUGACUCAAAGGGUACGUUAUUGCAUCCAGAAGAGAUGGGGUGACAACCAAAUUUGUGCGCUUCAUGAAGCCACAAACACAUGCACAUACAAUAAAUAGGCUCGCUCUCAUAUUAUCCCCUCAGGGACCAUAUCCUCACACAAAACUAAAGCAUACAUACUUUUUAUGUCUUGUAAGUGCGAAUGAUUUUCCAGAAUGAGAAACGUGUCCUGUCAGUCUGACUUCUUCACUGGAAUCUGUGGAAAAUCAUCAGAUUCUACUGAUUUUAGAGAAUUGGGUGCAUUUGCUGAUGAGUUCUUCCAGUCAGUGGAUCUUGUGCACUUUCUGAACAACUAACCCUCCUCAUGAGGGGUUAUGAUCAUGAUGAAUUUUAGCAACUGCUCAUGUCUACAUAAAUGUUUUGAAGUAGCCUCUAUACCUCAGAAAAGUCAAUGACAGCAAUAGUCAAUGCCCAUGAUUUGUGCAUUCCUGAGGUUGGAACAAGAGCCAAUAUGAGGUGAAGGAGUUAACUGAUUAUUUUGUUUGCAUCUGUAAAUAAUGUAAUCCAAAUGAAGUCUUUGUUGGUGGUUAUUUUUAUUGUGAUGAAAGGAAUUAAAGAAUGAGGCAACAGUGAAA